AUGUUAUGUUUAUGUUCAUGUUCAUGUAUCGAAUUGAAUGAUCUAACCGAUGCAAUUCUUUUGCUUAUAUUUGAAAAAUUGGACAAUUUUGAUAUACUUUAUUCAUUGCAUGGUGUUAAUAAACGAUUGAAUAAAAUAAUACGUGAUCCAUUAUUCACAAGUAGUCUAAACUUUGUCAAAUGGUCAUCGAAGAAAUUUCUUAAUAAAUUUUCUUCGAAUAUCAUAUUUAAUCGAUAUUGUUUACAAAUUUUACCUGAUAUAUCUAUGAAAAUCAAAUGGCUUUACAUUGAAUCAUCAUCUGCGAAACAUAUUCUACGUGCUGCAGAUUAUUCGAACUUAUAUGGACUUGCCCUAUAUAAUAUGAAAGAAAAAACAGCUAGACGUCUUUUUACUGAUAAAAAUCUUUCAUGUGGUAUUUUUAAAAAGCAAAUAACAAGACUUAUUAUAACAAUUGAUCAAAAGAAAAAAGAUCUAUUUACAAAAGUGAAAAUCUGCAGUUGUAUUUUUUCUAUAUUUAUCAAUUUAACACAUUUAACAUUUUCUGAAUCAUCAUUUGAAAAUAUUGUUCGAUUAUUAAUUGAUGUACCAUUUCGAAGUUUCUCUUCUUCAAGUCUUUUGGCAUUAAAUAUCAAGGUUCAAAGUUUCUCACAAUGUCUUUAUAUUCUUGAUGGUCGUUUCAGUCAACUGCAAACACUCUAUGUUGAUUUGGCUAAAGUUCUUUUAAUAGAUCUACCUGAAAAUAAAGUAAAAAUUGCAAAUCUAAAGUGUUUUGUUCUCUCAUGUCCUUGGGAAAUAUCAUGGUAUGAAGAAUUAAUUCUAUCACUUGUUUAUCGAAUGACAAAUUUAGAAAAACUUGGUUUAUAUCUUACGUUCUAUGCUAAAGAUAGAUUUAUUGAUGGAAAUCAUAUAAAGACAAAUAUAUUGUCACAUAUGCCUCAACUAAAUAUAUUUACAUAUCAUAUUCAUUCACUUAUGUUUAUUAAUAAUCAAAUAAAUUUACCAUCAAAAGAAGAUAUUCAACAUCCAUUCAUAGAUUUUAAGGAUACUAAAAUAAUAUCUUAUGUUGAUUAUUUUCUUGAAAAACAACUAGGUGGAUUAUAUCAAUAUGUUCGUUUAAUAUCAUUAUAUGAUGAACAUCCUUUUGAACAUGAAUUUUUUAUUAAAAUUUCUCAAUCAUUUCCAUUUUUGAAAAGUUUAACAUUGAUUAAUAAUCAAUCACAAAUAUAUAAACAAUCUUAUAAAUCAAUAAAUAAUGAUUAUAAUUUAUUAAUUGUUAAAUAUAAUCAUCUUAUUACACUUGAUAUUUCAAAAGUUCAUGAAGAUUAUAUAGAAGAAUUUUUAUUUAAUAGAAAAACAUAUUUUCAUAAUAAUAUUUUUCUUCAUAUAAAUAAUAAAUCAUUAGAAAGAGUAACACACAAUUUUACACGAGAUGAUACACGAAUUAAUUGUGCCAAAAUAAAUGAAAUUAUUUUAGUUGGAGAUAAAACUUAUUCGAAAUCUUUGCGAGAUUAUUUUCCUAUUGCAAUAAUACAUUGA